AUGAUACUAGCGAACCAGUAUCGUUUGGAGGUUGACAACAAAAGAAUCACCACAUUCAGUAGGUUGAUAAACUUACUGCAAGUGGCCGAAAGGCACAAUGAGAUUCUUGUCAACAACAAUGCCAGAGCUGUCGGGAAAAAGAAAGUUCCCGAAGCUAACCAUGGCAAGGUCAAUAAAGGGAAGGGCCCCAAAGGAAAGAUGGCUCGACAUUCUGAUUCAGAUCCAUACCCACGUGGAGAUAACACCUCUCAUGGAAGAGGACGUAAGGGACAUAAUCGAGGUCGAGGGAGAAAUGGUCAUUCUAAUGUUUGGCAUAGAGAAGGAACUUCUGGCCAUAGUGGUAGUGAUCCUAAGUUCGAGAAAACCCCUAAGAAUCCCUCCACUAAAAAGGCUGCAGAUGGAAGUGCGCGUUGUUUUAAGUGUGGAUUCACCGGACAUUGGUACAAGCAUUGCAAGGCUAGCGCCAAUGUAGCUUCGAGCUAUAAAAAGUACCGGGAAGCUAUCGAACAGGAGGCUAACUACGCAGAAGAAAAUAUUGUUACCCCUGACGCUAACCUCACAGUCUCAGACUUCCUGGGAAACGAGGACGUUGCCCCAACAAUGGAUGUGCCUGACUUUUCCUGGGCCUAA